AUGUCAAUGUUUAGAUCACUUGCCGAUUCGGCAGCUUCCAUCACAUUAUUUAAGGUGUCGAUGAAUAUGCUUGCAAGCUUGAAGAAGCAUUCAGUUGUUUCCAGUAGCGGAGUCAAAAAAGAAAAAGGAUGGUUUGAUUCAAUAUUAGGAAACCGUCAAGAUGCUUCCAGUGGAAGAUAUCGGUACCAGAUUAAUGUAGUUGAAGAUACCUUACCUACUAAAGAGCAAUACAACUUGAUCAAGAGCUAUGCACGGACUACUCCGUUUUCCCAUGAUGCAUUUACUCAAGCAUUUCCUCGAGCUAUGGAUCCCACCAAUAAAGACGUCCAAAGUCUCUUCGUUCGUCCUCUUGUCGUCGAUUGGGAGCACAAGUUAUUGGCAUCUAACGAAACUCAUCUCUCUAAACUAUUAAGUGAAGCAUACGGAAUUAACAUAUAA